UAUCGAAACAACGAUUCGAGUAAAAGAAAUUGUUGGUAUCGAAACAAAGGUAUCGAGUACAUACUUAUUAACUUGUAUCGGAACUGUAUCGGAACAUCCCUAACUGUGACCGAUUCCAACCAUUGCUAUUGGUCAACGAGGGAAAUAAAAUAAAAAUAGUGAGGGUGGCUAGAAAAUGCAAAGAUUUUCUGAUAUGGCAAAAAUAAUUAUUUGAAUCAAUCGCUGCUUAACGUGGUUACGAAGGACGGUGAGAAUAUAAGGCGAGAAAACCUAGAACCAAAAGGCAAAGGUGCAUCGAUAUAGAAAUUAAAAGUACAAGAGGUUAGCCGCAAAGAGCGUCACAAUAGCCAUGGAACCUCAUUGCACAUUUCAUCCAUGUGAUGAAGCUGUGAUUGCUACUAACGACGACGCUAGCGAUUGUAAGCGAUUUGCCGUUCGCUUGGGUUAUUGGAAAGACGACUAUAUUGGAUAUUUUGUGCGCAAUCAAGAUCGAAAGGCACCUGAAAUUAAUCGCGGUUAUUUUGCCCGAGUAAAAGGAGUUGAGAUGUGUAUAGAGAAGUUCCUCAAGUUCUCCAGAUGCUCCUGGCCAGUUUUCUAAGCUCUCAU